GUGAAAGGCAGAUUUAGCAGCAAGCUGGGUCAGUGCAGCCCUUCAGUCUAAUUGUAUACGGACCGAGUAUACCUAAUUCUUUAAACUUUUGAGACGGGACGAAUUAGUAAUAAGGGGCCUGUUUUGAUCCGAGACGUUGCUCCCAGGAAUGAAGUUACAAAAGUGGGUAGACACUUGCUGGCCAUCCGGCAUAUUAUCUCAUCACUGUUACUGCUGCUAUUAAUUCUGGUCAUAUAAUUGGGGAGGACAGGAGAUCCCCAUGCAGAAAAAAGUUCAAGAAUUUACUAUACUCGAUGACGAUGACGAUAUACAACACCGCGACCAAGACGCCUUCUUGUUAGGACGUUACGACGAAGAGGAAGACCUCUUUACACAACUUCAACAAAAGAAAAAACAGAGACGGCACCUUUUCUCACCCACACCUGGGAGGAGUCCUUCUGGAUUAAUAAUGCUAAGAUUGCGAUGGUGUGCCGUGAUGGCUGCCGUGUUCCGUGCACCCACCGGGCCAAAUAGAUCUCUGUAUUACAUCAUUGUAAGAAAUAUCUUGCUCAUCCUCGUCUAUUAUGUUCUCUCCAUUGGACUCACCUUCUACCAAAAUCACCUCCUCAAAGAAAUCCACUUUCCUCUCUCGGUCGUCUUAUGUCACUUGGUGGUCAAGUUCUUUCUCUCCUCGGUCAUCCGCCUGUGUUACGAGCUUUGGACUGGAAAGAAGAGGGUCGUGUUGGACUGUGACAAUUGGUGCAAGAAGCUUUCACUCAUCGGAAUUUCGGGAGGACUGGACAUUGGGUUUUCGAAUUGGGGACAAGAAUUUAUCACCGUAUCCUUAUAUACAAUGUCCAAAAGCACGGCCAUUAUUUUUAUUCUGGGAUUUGCUCUAGUUUUGAAGCUUGAGGAAAAGCACUGGUCUCUGAUUGUGAUUGUGUCCAUGAUAUCCGGUGGACUAUUGAUGUUUACCUAUAAAAGCACACAAUUUGACCUGCUAGGAUUUUCUCUGAUUAUGGCCGCGUCGUUUUUGAGUGGAAUGCGUUGGACAAUUUGUCAAUUAAUUAUUCAAAAGAGUAAGUUGGGCCUGCAUAACCCAAUUGACAUGGUGUAUCAUGUACAGCCUUGGAUGAUUGCGGCCGUGCUCCCCUUUGCCCUUUUCUUCGAAGGGUCGCUCAUAACCAGUCACUCGCUCCCUCUUCAGAGUCACGAGGACAAGGCUCACUUUCUGACAGUGGUCAACGCCGUAUUGAUUGGGGCCUUGAUGGCGUUCUUCAUGGAAAUAGCAGAGUAUUUGGUGGUCACAUUCACUUCUAGUCUCACGCUCAGCGUAGCUGGCAUUUUUAAGGAAAUUUGUACCCUCUGUCUUGCUGUCAUUUUUAACGGUGAUCAGCUAACUUUUAUCAACUUUAUCGGACUCUUGAUGUGUUUUACUGGAAUAAUUUGCCAUGUCACGUUCAAAGUGAUGAAGAGUACGAACACUGGAGGAGGAGAUUCAGAUGUGUCUACCGUCGUCGCCUCGUCUAACAAUGCUACAUCCACCGCUCUGUCAUCAGGUUCCUCGUCAUGCCGACAAGGUGGGCCAUCGUCCACCUUUUUGACAGAGACGUCUGAGUCAACCACACCACUCUUGUUGGGAGAGGAGGGGUGUGUGACGAAGGAAGUAGACGAGAGUGAGGAUGAGGAGUUGUGGGGAAAGUAGUCCUUUUACCCAGCUCCUUGCUCUAAAUAAAUUAUAAUCAUAAGUCAGAUCAUAUCCAUGAACACAUUCCUACCUUUUACAUUUCUCCGUUUCUUUCAUUAUUCUUCGUUACUAUACGACAGUAGACUACAUCACUCUUAACUCCUUUUUUAGGACACUGGCUCAUGUCCCUGAAGGAGUCGUGAUGAUGCAUACUAGUGCAUAGUGUGAUACGUUCUAGUAGUGAUAACACUUUAACGAGAAUUACAACAUCUAAAUCCGAGAGUAUAAUUAAACCAUUUUCCUUAAUAUAUUGUAUCAUUUCAUAUAAACUAAGAGAGAAAUUCAUAAUAUUUUUUAUACGGGAUAAUAAUACGUAUAUUUAAUGCAACAAAUUGAAAUUUGUGGUGUGCUGUUCCGUUUUCUCUCGCAUGGUACCUUACAAAUUCUACCUCCGUAAUCGUGCCUACAUAUGUACUCCGUAUUAAUUACGAUACAAGUAUAAACAAACAGUCAUUACUAUAUACAACCUAUUUAUAUACAUAUAGAUAUAGUACAUAUUAUUGCUAUUACUAUUUAUAUGUAAUCUCGAAUGCAUAUAAUGGAUGCAUGCGUGUCAUUGUCAUAAACGCUGAUUGCAAGUGAAUAAAAAAGAAUGUAUAAUAGCCAAGCA